AUGGAGGGUAGAGGAGUCGACACUAGUUCAUCGGAAGUACCUCAGGGAAAAACGCCGGGUUUCAGAGUCUACAACAGAAGAUGGUUCAUUUUAUUCGUACUUUGCGUAUUAAACUGCUCGAAUUCAGUGGUAUGGUUGACAUUUGCUCCUGUGGCUAAUGAAACAGCAAAGUACCUGCAUGUGUCUCUGGACCAAGUAAACUGGCUCUCUGUGGUCUACAUGGUGGUAGCCAUCCCUUUCAGCUUCUUUACCACAUGGAUGCUGGAUACUCUGGGACUACGCCUAACUACGAUUGUGGCCUCAUGGCUAAACAUGGCCGGCAGUAUUGUGAGGGUGGUGGGAGUGCUUAGCUACCUGCCAGAGGGGUUUAUGUUCCCCGUGGUAAUGGUGGGGCAGACUCUGUGUUCUCUUGCCCAGCCUUUGGUUAUCUUCUCCCCCACCAAACUGGCAGCACUGUGGUUCCCUGAGAACCAGCGAGCUACAGCUAACAUGAUCGCCUCAAUGUCAAAUCCACUUGGACUUCUUUUUGUUAAUAUUUUUUCUCCGCUGAUUCUUUCUGGGACCAACAGUCUUUUUAUGCUGCUUCUUAUAUAUGCAAUACCUGCCAUCAUCAUCUGUGUCCUAGCAACGGCAGGCAUCAGGGAGAGUGUUCCCCCAACACCACCCUCGGCCACUGCAGAGAACUCCACCUCAGAACCCUUCUGGCAGGGAAUGAAACUGCUGCUGACAAAUAAAGCCUAUAUGAUCCUGCUGGUGUGCUUUGGUGCGGGAAUGGGAGUCUUUACCUGCUUUGCCACGCUGCUGGAACAGAUCCUCUGUGUUAAAGGCUACUCAAAUGACUUUUCUGGGUUGUGUGGUGCUCUCUUCAUUGCUUCUGGAAUCAUCGGAGCAGCAUUUCUUAGCAUUUACGUGGACAGGACAAAGCGGUUUAUAGAAGCCAUCAAAAUAAACAUGUGCCUUACUUCUCUGGCCUGCUCUGCAUUCGCAGCGAUUUCUCAGAUGAGAGACCAGAAAGCUUUAGUUGGUGCAGUCUGUGCUCUUUUCGGCUUAUUCGGAUUCUCCAUUUAUCCGGUGGCCAUGGAGUUGUCAGUCGAGUGCUCAUAUCCGGUCGGAGAGGCAACGUCAGCUGGGCUGAUCUUCAUAUCAGGGCAGGUCCAGUCCAUCAUUUUUACCGUGCUGCUGCAAGCCCUGACACAGAAACAGGCAGACUCGCCUUACUCUACGUGUGCUGCAGGUGGUGAUGCCAACCUUAGCUGGCAGGUGUCAGUACUGGUGAUGGCAGGAGUGUGCUGCUUGGCAUCCUGCUGCAUGCUGAUCUUCUUCCGCACUCAGUACAGACGACUCAAUGCAGAAGCAGAUGCAGCCGCAGCUGUUUUUUGUAACAGAACAGACAUAGAUGAGAGAAACAACUGCACAGAAUGAUGGGAUACUUCAGCAGAGAAGCCAGCAUUAUAGAGAUUCUUUGUACUGCAACAACUUUUACCUCAUCUAAGCAUGCAUUUACACAAUGGUACUCAAACUGUGGAGUGAGCUUUAUUACGGGUCAUGGGUUUACCGGCUGAGCUAAUAAAUUUAAUUUUAUUAAUUUUAAAGACAUAGCAAGUUUUUAUAAUAACUUAAAGUGGGUGCUCGGGUGGUAAAACACGUUACCCGCCAUUGCUGAGCUCUCGAGCUCUCAAGUUAGAAUCUCAGCUCUGCUAUCAGCUAGCCAGUCGUUUACACAGAAGUGAUUGGCUAUAUCUAAGGGUGGCUAGGAGACUCCUCAUUACUGUUACACAUGCGGCCUCUGCUGGCUGGUCAGUGGCAGAAAUAUGUUCUUGUAAGAAUCUUCCAUAAGAAAAUGUUAUUGUUUUAUUUUUUGGGCUCUCUAGGGAAAAGUACACCUUUUAUUUUAAAAGAAGUUACGUACCUCAGCAUUA